ACGCAAACGAGCAUCAGUUCAGUUCUUUCACAACCGCAACCCCGCAAGUCCAGUACUACUAGACAUACGCAGCGAUCACAAGCCAGUCUCCACUCUUCAAGAGUUCAAGACCAAGAAGGAGGAGGAGAGAUGGCUGGUCCAGCGAAGGCGUCGUGGAUGGUGGCCAUGAGCGUGGGGGCGGUGGAGGCGCUCAAGGACCAGGCCGGACUCUGCCGCUGGAACUACGCGCUCAAGUCCAUCCACCGAGCUGCCAAGGCCAAGGCCAGCGUCGGCGUCUCGCAGUCGCAGAGCACGAAGCAGAGGACGGUCAUAUACGGGAGAGUCCGGCCAGGUCUCGCGGCGGCCCUGGUGGAGAGGCGGCGAGCGGAGAAGGCCGAGGAGGCGCUGAGGACGGUCAUGUACCUCAGCUGCUGGGGACCCAAUUAGUAUUAGUGCUUACUGCUUAGUACUCUCUCCGUUCAAAAAUACUUAUCAUCAAAAUGGAUAAAAAAGAGAUGUAUCUAGAACUAAAAUACAUCUAGAUACAUCCCCUUUAUCCAUUUUGAUCACAAGUAUUUUCGGACACAGGAGGUAGCAUGCAGCCAUAGUCUCGGAUCAGAUUUGGCCGGUUGCCCUGAUCGCUUGUAAAGACACCACGAGUCCACGAUGAUGAUGAUGAAAUUUUUUGGCUA